AUGCCCUCUGCCGUCAACGAAAAGCACAGGCACCACAGCCAUCACCACGGACACCAUAAUGGUCACCCCAGUUCUCACGACCGCCCGUUGUCCCUCGCACUUGUCCCCGCCUCAGGGUCAGGCCCUUCCCCACACCGCUCAUCCGCCAGCGCUCUCCUCAGCCUCUCGCAGGACGUGACUGCACUCGUCUCUCUCUCGAUCGAGUCGGCCGCCUCCCUCGUCAACGAUUAUGGUCGCACCGCGCUCAGUACAAUUGGACUCGUCGAGCGCUCCGCCUCGCGCCCAAUCGCGGCCGGCUCUGGUCUCGCGGUAGUCGUUGUGGGAGCGGCUGAUUUAUCGGGACAGUCUCUCACCCUCCGCCUCGCAAAGAGCGGCUACACCGUGUUCCCAUUCAUGCCUAUUGCAGCUGCACCUAGCGCAGGGUCCUCGGUCUCGGCCCCGUUAUCGGCUCUGCUCCUCGCCUGGUCAGGCGUGCAGAAGCGCCUACGCACGCGUGACCCAAAUCACACCGGCGCAGUCGUGCCGGUCGUUAUCGACGACUGCGGCGACGCUUAUCUCUCCGCCCAUACUUAUCCGCACUCUGCAUUCCCGCCUUCGCCGCCCAAGCGAGGCGGGCGCUUCGCUCACGCGGGCGACACUGUGCGCCAUUACUGCCGCGAGAAUGGCCUCACCCUGGUUGCGAUAGUUUGCGCCUCGCCGUCUACCAGUCUCGCGCCUUGCAAGAAUGCUCCGCCUUGUCCCACGUCCCUGUCGCCGUCGCAGCGGCCGUACCCUCUCAUUCCGGGGGUUACCGACUCGGGCCUGGCGCAUGCCGACGAGGACGCAAUCAUUGCCCUCUAUCGUGCGCAGGUGCUCGAGCCAAUCGCCGUCAUCCGCGCCCUGGGCGACAUGCUCGCUGCAUCUCGAGACACCAAUCGAACCCGUGGCCGCGUGCUCUUCGUCGAGUCGACGAGCGUGAUAGACGAUUCGGAGCCUGGCCAUGUAUUCAACGGCCUCUCGCACUCGGCGCAAAUGAUCGCGGCCGCGCGCGCUGAGACUGCGCGCCUGCUGCGAACCGAGCUCGGCCCGGCCGGCAUUGACGUAUGCGAGAUUGCAGUUGGGCCUAUGGCGCCGCGCCUCACCGUGCCACUGCGCUCGUCCUCUGGCGACAGCGACACGGACCGCGCGCUCGCGGCCGCGGCCGAUCUCGGACCCAAGAACGUAAUCGCUGGCGACGACGUUCUUACCUCACGCUUGCGCCUCCUCGCGCGCAUCUUUGCCGUCGACGAUGCACUCGUGUACUCGUGCGUCCGUCGGGCUAUCGAGGACCGAUAUCCCCGCGCACGGCACCACGCAGGCCUCACGCCACUAAUCUCGUCCAUUGUCAAUGCGACGCCGGGCGCCGGUGUGGUUCGCUUUCUUGGCCGCUGGGUGCUGGGGCGCCUCUUCUCCCCGCGCCGCCAGGCGUAG